AUGGUGUUUAGUGAGUUCUUAUGUUUCUUAAGCUUGGUGUCAGAUUUCUUUUAUCCGAAUACCGGUGGCGUUGAAAAUCAUAUUUACAAUUUGGGAGAAUGCCUUAUGAAACGCGGUCAUAGGGUAGUGGUUGUCACUCACUCGUACGUUGGCCGACGAGGAGUGUGUUAUUUUCGAAACGGGUUGAAAGUUUAUUAUCUGCCGUUGAUCGUUGUUUACAACGGCUGCAUACUGCCAACGGUGUACGGUACACUGAUGCUGACACGCCAUAUCAUAGCCAAAGAAAAAAUCGACCUCGUUCACGGACAUUCAGUAAAUAUGUUAUACCGACUUAAGUAA